AAACGUUUUUUGCAUAUUAUUAAUUGCGAAAUGUGACCUUUCAUACCAAUAAUUUUAUUGAAAUGGUAAAAUAAAUCUUAAAAGUACACUCUUCGUAUCAUUUAUGCUUUAAACAUCGCAAAUUUUAUGUAUGGUAUGAGAAUUGCACGCAUUCCCGACAUACUGUCUACAAUCUGUGUUACAAUAUUUUAAACAUGGAGUUGGAUCCAGACUUGAUGUAUGAUGAUUACGACGAUGACUUGAUGCAGUAUCUUGAUGGUGAUGAUUACAAUCCGGAUCUGGAGGAUCUACUGGCAGCUUAUCACCAUGGUUAUGACCUUCCGCAACACUACGAGCGUGUGAGCGUUGUUCAGCUCUAUCAGGACUGCAUCGUACCAACCCUAACACAAGCCGUUCAGAACAUCGUCUCCCUGUUCAUCAUGUGCUUGGUCUUCAGACUUGUGUGUGUGUUUGGUUCUGUGGCUUCACCCCAAACCGGUCUCCCUCCCUGGUUCCUACACGUCUCAAGUGCCAUGUUUGGCAUCAUGGUUCUUCAUAACUUCUUCAAAAUCUCGCUGCUCUACCUGGUCGCAUGCUGUGGUCUCACGUACAUCCUUCUGACCGCUCUCAGCGUUAGGUGGCGCCACCUGUCAGGAAUUGUCAUAGCUGCUAGUAUUACAGUUUUUAUUAUUGUUUGUGAGCUGAUAGUUGUUCAUAACACAACCUGGCAUAUGAUACGUGGUGCUCAGAUGAUACUAUCGAUGAAGAUUAUCUCCCUUGCAUUUGAUUUUGGAAGUGGUGCUGUGAUGGAUCUUCCUAACAUAUUUGAAUAUCUUGGCUACUGUCUCAAUGUAGGAACUGUGAUAUUUGGCCCAUGGAUUUCAUACAAAGAGUACAUCGGCUUAUUGCAGCCAAAUAGAUUAUAUUUUUCAUUAGGAUGGAUGUUGAAGUUAAUCCGAAGUAGUGUCAGCUCUUUGCUCUGUCUCAUCGUCUCCACCUGUGUCGUCCAGUGGCUGAUUCUCGGAGACACCUACAAGUGGUUGAGAGCUUAUGGUGAUGCUCAAUCUUUCCGCUUCAGUCAUUACUUUGUGAGUUUCUUAUCUGAAAGUACGGCUGUCCUGUCAGGGAUUGGCAUCAAGGAUGAUAAUGGAAACAUUAGUUGGGAUUUAAAAGUGUCAAGGCCACAUCAUAUUGAAAUUCCACGCUCUCUGGUAGAGGUGGUAACCAACUGGAAUUUACCUAUGCACUACUGGCUGAAAACAUAUGUUUUCAAGUCGGCAAGGCCUCUGGGUACUUUUGUUGCCAUUUUGUUUACAUAUGCGUUCAGUGCAUUAUUACAUGGUCUAAAUUUCCAGCUAGCAGCCGUUUUAUUUUCUUUAGGGUUUUAUUCAUAUGUAGAAUAUGUAUUACGAAACAAGUUAUCUACAACAUUCAGUGCAUGUAUACAAGCCAAACACUGCCCCGGUGACUGUGAGCACACCUAUCAUUAUUGGCAUCCAGCUGUAUUAAUAGUGAAUGUUUGUUUUGGAAUGUUGACCGUGUUCCAUCUUGCGUAUCUUGGUCUGAUGUUUGACAGCAGUUCACAACAAGAACAGGGCUACACUAUGCUUCAUACUCUGGACAAAUGGGCUAAGCUCGACUAUGCCAGUCAUUGGGUUGUUCUGGGAACCUUCAUCUUUCAUUUGCUCAUAUAAAACCAGUUACAGACAGACAAGAUUCUUGUUGAAUUCUGACAACUAAAAAACAACCCUUUACACUUCUUGCCAGCGUUAUGAAAUAUGUAGUGUUACAAUCUCUACAGUGUCUUUCAAAUUGUAAUAUACUCAUCCAUUAUGGAUUGUAACAGACUCUGCCAUUGGUUAAUAUUACAUUUCCAACCAUUGGGUAUUUUUCGAAGCUGUAUGUCUUCCAAGAUAUCUACCAGUACAACUGAAUGUCUCUACACUCCUCACAAAAUACAUGUAACUAGAGAAUAACUAGUUAAUGAUGUCGGAUAUCUGCUUUAUCCUGUGAUGAUAAGAAUGAAGCCAAGUGGAAUUUCUCAUUUGGCCUGAACAGGAUAAAGCAGAUAUUCGACGUCAUUAACUAGUUAUUAUCUUUAUCCAGCAGACCAUAAAAAUUAAGGGGAAAAGCUAUUUCUGUUAUUUCAGUCACAUUGUACGAUGACCUAG